GAGCUAGUGGGUGCCGCGGCUCUUCUUUUCUUCAUUGCCUUGACAGAUUGAUUAGUUUUGGAAGAGGAGAGGGCUGCAAAAUAAGGAAGGUCCAAACACAAAUGUGGUGGAUGAUAUGUUAGAUGUGGAAAAUAAGCACAUGGCAGAAAAUCUGGCCACUAAAGUCACCCGUCUAAAAUCGCUUGCAUUGGACAUUGACAAAGAUGCUGAUGAUCAAAACCAGUACCUGGAUAAUAUGGAUUCUGAUUUUAUGAGUGUGACAGGUCUUCUCACAGGAAGCGUGAAGCGUUUCUCUACUAUGACUCGGUCAGGAAGGGACAACCGCAAGCUUCUCUGUUAUGUCUCUGGUGGACUGAUUCUUGUCUUUUUCAUCUUGUAUUAUUUGGUAACAAGAGCACGAACUUGAGGGAAAUUAUUAAAGUUUUGUACUGGAUGUUUGUUGAAGGAAAAAAGUGGUAAUGGAUGACCUGUGGAUGACCUUCAGAUGUGUACCUUGGGAAGGAUUAUUUAAAUUUUCACAGUAACCCAGAAGCUCCUUUGUGAACUACAGCAUGAUCUCUCCAUUCUGAACUCAUCUUUUUUCUUUAAAGAGGAUAUGAUUUUGUCCCUCUCUUCUUGAAAGCUCAAAUGCAACACAAUUCACUGAAAUGAAGUCUCUUUCCCUCUGCCCUUGUAUUAGCUUGCUAUCAUUACUUGGUGAAAGAGGAAGCAUAUUGUUGAUUAGCUUUCUGCAGUAUAUGGUUCAGCAGGAAAAUUCUGACAAUGUUUAGUAAAAAUGUUCUAAUGCCCAUUUUAAUGGGAAAAAAGUGUUACUUAAAAGACUGAUGUUAGGAUAUGUGCAUUUCUGAGAAGUGGUAUCUCACAUUGGAAUGUCUUUUAAAACAAAAUUGCUUUAUCACUGUUUCUGGGUAAACCAGCAGCUAUAAACCAUAAUCCUUGCGUUAACUCUCAAAGAGGUGUGUAGAAGAACAGAGUUGGAUUUAAAGCACUCACAAAAUAGAAAACACCUUGAACAUAUGACCACAUUACUUCUGUUUUUUUCCCUUUCCAUUCUAAUUAAUCCCUUAAUUGAUUUACCAGUUUUGAGUUGUACUAACCAUAUAGUAAGUUAAUGUAUCUUCAUUUUUUAAACUUUGUCAAAAUCAAUCUUAAGCUUCUUUUUUAAUUUGAUGUAUUGAUUCUAGAUUAAAAAUUCAGUUUUAUGCAUAUUUUCCUGGAUUGCAUUUUGUUGAAUUCAGUAAGAUUUAGUUUUGAGUAGACGUGCAUAGAAUUGCACUGUAGUUCUAGAGGAGUUUUGACAACUAAUGAUUGCUUAGGUGAUUCCCAUCUCGCUAGAACAGACAUGUCAAACUCGCGAUGUCAC